AGUUCAUUUGGUUUUCGUGUAAAAAUUCGUUUCGUCGUGUUUUUUUUUUAAUUUAAUUUUGAUUAAAAUUUUAUUUUUUUGCUCUCAUUAUGUUUUUUGGUGGAGACUCGGACUUUCAGAGGUUGCUCAGGGAGAACGGCUUUGACCGAAGUGAUCUGCGCGCUGAAGUGGAACUGAAUUGCACUCACCCCGCCAUUCUGGAGUUUCCCAACUUCAUGAGAAGGAAGAGUAUCGCGUCGGCGGUGAUUUGUUUUCUACUCUGCAUGUAUUUGUUCAUCCUUCUGGCAAUUGUGUGUGACGACUAUCUCGUGCCCUCCAUGGAGCGGCUGUGCUACACACUUCGCUUGACCUAUGAUGUGGCUGGUGCAACUUUCCUGGCAGCGGCCACCUCGGCCCCAGAGCUCUUCGUUGCAUUCGUCGGCACAUUCAUCACGGAGGGCGACAUUGGUGUGGGCACCAUUGUAGGAUCCUCGGUGUUCAAUGUACUAGGAAUUGCCACCGUCUGCGGAAUUUUUACAGGCGUGACGGCUAAGCUGGACUGGUGGCCCAUCACAAGGGAUACCAUGUGGUACUUGGUCUCCAUCACAUUACUUGGCCUUGUGCUCAUCGACUCGAAGGUGAGCUGGUGGGAGGCUAUCAUCAUGCUGAGCUGCUACUUCGUCUACCUGACUACACUUAUCUUCGAUCGGAAGCUGCAGAAGUUGUGUCGAUCACUGGAAGGCGAGCGGGAGCUGAUGGAUGAGGACCCAAUGCAGCGGGAGGAGGACCCACUGAUGACAUUCCGCCAGCACGUGUGCAGUAAACCAGAGAAGGGGUCCCCCUGCAUCGAAGUGACCUGGUGGGUGAUCAAGUAUCCGGCCAUUCUGAUACUGGCCAUUACCACGCCCAGUGUGCGGAGCGUAUUCUUUCUAACAAUGCUUGUGGCCGUCCUGUGGAUCUCGGGUAUAUCGUAUCUGGUCGCCUGGUUCCUCUCCGUUGUCGGCUACAACAUUGGCAUACCCGACUCGAUCAUGGGCCUGACCAUCCUGGCCGUCGGCACUAGUGUGCCCGAGGUGGUUUCCUCCUACAUCGUGACCAGAAAGGGGUACGGCUCAAUGGCCAUGUGCAAUGCGAUCGGCUCGAACACGUUCGACAUCUUCAUUUGCCUGGGACUGCCCUGGCUGCUCAAGUCUAUUAUACAGAAAAACACAGUCAAGAUCCACUCCGAGGGCCUGACGAUCACAACAGCCAUGCUGGUCGCCACGAUUGUCCUCCUGUACGCGUGUUUCCUGCUGACCAAGUUCACACUGGGCAGGCCCGUGGGCUGGAUGAGCCUCAUCACAUAUGUCCUGUUUCUAACCUGUGCCAUCGCCAUCGAAAUAAUCAACGACAAUUUGAACCACUGCGACAUCGAAGAUGAUGCCUACACACAUCUUCUGCACAAGAAUAUUUGAUCUCUAUGUAUCUUCUAUGUAUUUCCAAUCAAAAUUCAUCCGUAUUCCAGAGUAAAGUAACAAAGCGGCCGGAGUGUGUUUUA